ACCCAACCAGUCCACUUGGUCUUCUCGUCCCUCCUCGACUGGCAAAAAUCUCACUGUCAUCCUCCCAAAAGCAAGACAAGCAAAAAUCUCCAUUUCCGCUUACCGAUCUCGUCGGAGCUGUCGGUCGGAAGCUUAGCAAGAGAACUUCACCGGAUCGGCACAAGAACUGAGGACCCACAAUGUCGCGUAGACUCUCCUCUCGCCACUCGAUCGACUCCUGCACGAUCCAGCUCCACUCAUGGCGGCCUUUCAAGGCCCUCGACUCCUCCGACCAUCCCUACACCCCGCCGCCGCCGAAGCCCUACUCCUCCUCCUCCGCAGGCGGAGGACUCUGCCCGAAGCGCCCCUGCCUCUCCGACCGCGCCACCACCCCCUUCACCGCCGACUCCAUCGACUUGUCCCGGCUCAGCCUCUUCGACGACGAUCGCCCCAUCGAGGGCAGCCUCCGCCUCAUGGCCAGGAAGCGCCGCCGCCGCCGCGGGUCCCGGUCCCUAUCGGGGCGGAGCAGCGAUCACAGCGGGACCCGCCGGUGCUGCUCCGUCGGGGCAACCUGCUCGGACCUCCCCGUGGUGGCCGGUGGGACGGACUCUAGUGGGGAGCUGUUUGGUAAUGGGGAUUGGGGGUCCGAUGCGAGCGAGGCCAAGAAUUCGAGGAGGGACCGGGACAGGGAGGAUAAUCUGAGCGUAUCGGGGUUAGGCUUCGGGGGCCAAAUUGGAAAUUUUGAUGCUCUGGGGAACGAAUCAGGUUACGGGAGCGAGCCGGGGUAUCGCGGGGAUGCAGAGUUCGGCUAUGGGGAUGAGGUCGAUGAGGAGGAGGAGGAUUCGAGGAUCUUGUUCUGGGGAGAUCAAUCCGGAGAUGCAGAUUCUAAGAUGGAGAUGGUUGGUGAGAACUCGUUCUCGGACCAGAAAGCCCACCACCGAGGUCGGAGGAAGAAGCACGACUGUAAAAUGAUUGAUUCCUCCAGAUGACCAAUACUUAUUGCGGAAUAAAAGGCCUCUCCUCAUGAAAUCCGGGAAUUUCAGAUGGACUGCUGCUUUGUUUGCAUUACUUAAGGGAUGUCUCGCUCAUUUGGUUUUCAGAAAUUCUUUUGCUUCUCUGAAAAUAUUCCAUUGCUGCAGCUGAGCCCCGACAGUUUGGUAAAGUUUCCGUCAAAGGGCUUUGAAGACUUAAAUUGUUGAGUAUAAGUCUGUAAAUUAUACGAAGAAACUUACCUUAUCAUCGAAUUGUAUGGUUUUUCUUGUUUCAAUACUUAUAUCAGCUUUGGGAAGGGCGACCGAAUCAUGUUUUGUUCUUGUAAUGCCAUCAACCUACUAAUUGUGUCCAUUCUUAUAUGCAGAUAAAUGCUUUUGGCUGAGAAUCUUCAGUUUUAUUAUCGAA